CCGGGCCAGAUUGGGAGGUGAAGUCGCGCAGGAGGAGGAGGGGUGACUAUUUGCAUGUUAUUAGCAUAGCAUGUGUCAGGCCGUAUAUAACAGGCUGCAGGCGGCCUUGGCUGGAGACAGACGCACAGUUCACAGUGAGGAAAGACAUUAGGGGGGAGAAGGAAUUAUGUUGGACCAGUGACAAAUCUGUCCUUGGGUUAGACACAAACAAAGCUACUUCCUUUAGCCACUUUCUUAAGAAAACAAAAACAAGGAACCCAUCUUUCCCCCCUCUUUACGCACUGGAUUAUAACGGAACUGGAGGACUUCUCUGACGCACACACAUCUUGUUUUGUGGCUUUUUUCUAUUUUUCGCUUUUUCAAGGUUUGGGAUUUAUCCUUUUUGUUCCUCGGGACAUGAAUGAGAGUGGAGGGGAGAGAAAACCCCAUUGAGGCGACAGAAACGUGCUCAAUGCAUCUUCCUCAGAGGGACUGAAGAGGAGCAGGCACCCUGAGGACAAGCCGAGCCCCGAGACUUUUUAUUUUAUUUAUUUAUUAUUUAUUAUGUAUUUAUUUAAAAUGCGGCGCGUCAGCCUGCUGACUCUCACCGUCAUGUCCAUGAUGCUGUGCCAGGGGUUAUGUUCGGGAGUUUUUGAGCUGAAGUUGCAGGAGUUCCUAAACAAGAAGGGAAUACAGGGCAACAAAAACUGCUGUAAAGGAGGCCUGAUGUCGUCCUUCCAGCAGCAGUGCGAUUGUAAAACCUUCUUCAGGAUUUGUCUCAAGCACUACCAACCCAACGCAUCCCCCGAGCCUCCGUGCACAUACGGCGGCGCUGUGACGCCUGUUCUGGGCUCCAACUCCUUCCAGGUCCCCGAUGUCAUCCCGGAGAGCUCGUUCUCAAACCCCGUCAGGAUUAACUUCGGCUUCACGUGGCCUGGGACCUUCUCGCUGAUCAUUGAGGCAUUACACACCGACUCCAAAGACGACCUCAUGACAGAUAUUCCAGACCGCGUUAUCAGCACCAUGACCACUCAGAGGCACCUGACUGUGGGAGAGGUAUGGUCCCAGGAUCUGCACACUGUAGGCAAGACGGAGCUCAAGUACUCGUACCGGUUCGUGUGUGAUGAGCACUACUACGGGGACGGGUGCUCGGUUUUCUGCCGGCCCAGAGACGAUGCUUUCGGCCACUUCACCUGUGGAGAGCGGGGGGAGAUAGUGUGCGACUCCGGGUGGAAGGGACACUACUGCACUGAACCAAUCUGCCUGCCAGGCUGCGAUGAAGAGCACGGCUUCUGUGAGAAACCCGGAGAGUGCAAGUGCAGAGUGGGAUUCAAAGGCCGCUACUGCGACGAGUGCAUCCGCUAUCCGGGCUGCCUCCAUGGGACCUGCCAGCAGCCGUGGCAGUGCAACUGUCAGGAGGGCUGGGGGGGGCUCUUCUGCAACCAAGAUCUCAACUACUGCACCCACCACAGGCCCUGCAUGAAUGGAGCCACUUGUAGCAACACGGGUCAGGGAAGCUACACCUGUUCCUGCAGACCGGGCUUCACUGGGUCCAGCUGUGAGAUGCAGGUCAACGAAUGUGCCGGAAACCCCUGUCGCAACGGAGGAAGCUGUGCCGAUUUGGAAAACACGUAUACCUGCACUUGCCCUCACGGUUUUUAUGGCAAAAACUGUGAGCUGAGUGCCAUGACGUGUGCCGACGGGCCGUGCUCCAACGACGGCCGCUGUGCCGACAACCCAGACGGAGGAUACUUCUGCCAGUGCCCCACAGGGUACGCCGGGUUCACCUGCGAGAAGAAGAUCGACCACUGCUCCUCCACGCCCUGCUCCAACGGUGCUCGCUGUGUGGAUCUGGUCAACUCGUACCUGUGUCAGUGUCCCGAGGGUUUCACGGGCAUGAACUGCGACCACACGGGGGACGAGUGCUCGAUGUACCCGUGCCGAAACGGCGCCACGUGUCAGGAAGGCCUCGACGGAUACAUCUGCUCCUGCCCGCCGGGGAUCACUGGGCGAAACUGCAGCUCUCCAAUCAGCCGCUGUGAACACAACCCGUGCCACAACGGAGCCACGUGCCACGAGAGGAACAACCGCUACGUGUGCGCGUGCGUUCCCGGAUACGGAGGAAGAAACUGCCAGUUCCUGCUCCCAGAACACGCAGCGAUCCGAGGGUCCGACAUUCCCUGGAUGGCCGUUGGGUCCGGCGUGGCUUUGGUUCUUCUUCUGCUGGCGGGAUGCGCCGUUCUUGUUGGAUUUUUCCGAUCGAAAGUCCAGCGGGGCGGUCAAAUAGAAACAGUUGGUGAGGUAGAGACAAUAAACAACCUGACCAACAACUGUCAUCGAGGUGACAGAGAUCUGGCGGUCAGCAUGAUGCCGACGCCGGGAGUUAAAAACAUCAACAAGAAGAUGGACUUCUGCAGCAGCGAUCCUGACGAGGGGUCUCCACCGGGGAGGAGCAGCUACAAGAGCCGCCAUCAGCCUUCAGACUACAACCUCGUACAGGAGGUCAACUACGAGCAGGCGGCGAAGGAAGCCAUGCUGGAGGCGGCCAGCGAAGACAAGUGCCAAUCCCACGACUCGUUUGAGUUCGAGGAGAAACGCAGCAAACGAUUAAAAUGCGAUUCAUCAGAAAAGAACGCCCCAGAAAUGUCUGCAUGUGCGGACACCAAGUACAAAUCUGUGUUUGUGAUGUCAGAGGAAAAGGACGAAUGUAUAAUUGCAACUGAGGUGUAACGAGCCACCAGUGGGCUGCCCGUUGCUCAUUUGCUCUAUGGGAGAGUUUUAAUACUCCUUCAGAUGCUGCUCUAAACCCUAGGGGGAGGUGUCCCGCCUUGAGACUGCUGCUGAUACUGAGACGUUUAACUGAUAUUCAGAGUGAGCUGGUUCUCUACUGGAAAAAAAUAAGCGCAGGCAGCGUGUGGGAUAAGAACUGGCGGGGUAUAAAUACAAAGUUUACGGUUGAAAGUAAACUGCCACUUAGCUUUCUGUUCUGCCUUUUAUCGGGGAGUAAAAAUAGUAAAAAAAUAUAAACGGACACUGUCUCGUGGCGCUAACGUGCGACGCUACGAUUUUUUUGUUUUUGCAACAUUUGCACCCAGGCCUUUUCUCUAACCCACACGUGUUGCUGAGCGUAGGAACUGCAUCAAACGGUGGAUGUUUGGCCAUACUGGCCUGUUCUUCUCGAGGCUGUUUUUGGGCUGUGCACCCAUCGCUGCACUGUGAAGACUGUAAUGUAUUCUUGAUCGCUGUGUACACUGAAGUGCGUUUUCCUUCCCUAAGCCCUCCAAAACCAUUUAUGACAUAGUAUUGUUCAACUCUUUUCAGUUUCUUUUCGGGACAUGAAAACUUUUGUCUUAAUUAAAUAAAUAAAAUGUUGCUUUUUGAUACAGAUUUUGUAAAAUAAAGAAAGAAAAAAACAAGAAAAAAGUUUAAAAUUAUGAUUUAAUUUAAGUUAAUUUAAUGAUUUUGUGUUAUUUUUAUUUCGUAUUGUAUAUUUGUGAUGUUUGUUAUGAUUAUUUAAGUUGCUUUUUUUUUAUUAAUGAUGAUAUUUUGCAAAGGCACUUCAGGUCAAUGGGACUUUUUUUUAAAGAAAAUGUUAUUUAAGAGGGAUUGUACUGUACAAAUUGUUAUGUUACCGUCUCCUUUACCGUUUUUGAAUGAAGGAAUUAGCCAAGACUAUUUUUCCAAAUAAAUAUUGCUAA